GUUACACAGGGUCAAAAUCAGUCUGGCAGUGGGGGAGCUGGAGGAGACAAGAAGGGAGACAAGGUGUGGAACUAAUGAAAAAUAUAUCAAGACUCGUGUUUAAAUGCAGUUGUUUGCCACUGCAGCUCAUCUUUGUCCUUAAUUCAAAUUUUGUUCUACAUUGCCAGUACAAAACUGUAUCAAACAUGUUUGAUCAAAUAAGAUUUGAGUCCCAGAAGUAAGCAUUAUUUAUGUAUACAAGUAAAAGAGCUAGCUAAGAGCAUUUCUUUUUGAAAAAUAUGUUCAACAAAAUUGUGUUGAAUAAUUCUUUCUUUUGGAUAGAGUACCAAUUCAUGCAACUUUAAUUAUGUGGAAGAUUGAGGGAAUUUAAUUUUGAAUCUUAGUUUUUCUUAGCAUUCAUAUGAGGCAGGCAUCUUGGUGGGCAGGUUCCACCAUUUGUUUGAUAAGAUACACCAACGAGAAGGCUUCUGAUCACUUGCUAUAUGUUUACAUGUACUGGACUCUUUUUCUAGGACAAGAGAAAGAAGUAUGAACCACCAAUUCCUACUAGAGUAGGGAAGAAACAGAAGAAAACCAAAGGCCCUGAUGCAGCCAACAAAUUACCUCAAGGUAUUAAAAAUCCUCUACUGUACCAACUCACUCUUGCUUUGUUAAUAAAAUUAGCCAGUGUUCUCCCUUAUUUGAAGCAUGAUAGAUAAAAUAAAUUUUCAAACAGGUAGAGCAAUCCUUUUACUAACUUAUCAUUGGCAGUCAUAAGAGUUACUACUAGUGGUACAUUUUACUGGUUUUAUAAGAAAACUGUCACCCAAUUAUAUGUACAUUUUUUGUUGAGCUUAGUGCAGACCAGACAAAGUGCUUAUAAAUUAUUUCUCUAUACAAAUAAGGCUAUGUUUUCCGUGAAUUAUUUGAAGUUUUAUAGAUAAAAAUCUUUACAGAAUUAUGACUUGGAGGCAUUAACAAAUUCUUUGAUAUUACUUUUUUUAAAGUUACUCCACACAGAAACUGCAGGUUGAAGUUGUUGAAGUUGGAAAGAAUAAAAGAUUAUCUACUACUUGAAGAAGAGUUCAUUCAAAACCAAGAGAGGCUCAAACCUCAAGAGGAGAAAAAUGAGGUUCAGUCUUCUGUAAACUUUAUUCUGUAAUUAACCCUUUACACCCCAACAACAGUAUGCAUAUUCUCUUUUUUAACCUCUAUGCAUUUCCUAAGGUGCUGACUGGGAGAGUUUUUAGAACAAUCGAGAGCUUUGUUAGAUGGUGAUCGUUUUCUUUGUUCUAAUUACCUUAAUGUUUGAUUCAGGGGUGAUAUUGUAAAGAGAAAAUUCAUGCUAGUAAUCUAACGGGUAAAGGUUUAAGGAAGAAAUUGGAGUGACAGUUUGCCCAGUAUAAAAUUGAAACUUUUUGUAAAUGUAUCUAUGGUACAUGUAUAUCUCUGUAACAGAUAUUCAUAUUUGUAACCAGUCUCAUAGAUUCAAACUGGUUGAAUUCAGGUGACUGAUUGCAGAGACAAAGAUUUAAAAAAGAUUCUUUGAGUCACUGUAGACUGCAACUUGUCUCCACAACAUGUUGCAUUGUGUCUCUCAGUUGUCAACCUGCAUUUAUGUAUCAACCUAGUAACAGUUCUUCAGUUAAUAUGGCUCUUGAAGGAAACAAAAUCACUCAAAUAUUAUUCACGCAAUACAAACAUUGAUGUAAAUUUGAUUGUAGGAAGAGAGGUCGAGGGUUGAUGAAUUACGGGGCACUCCCAUGUCAGUGGGAACUUUAGAGGAGAUCAUUGAUGACAACCAUGCUAUUGUAUCCACCUCUGUUGGUUCAGAGCAUUAUGUUAGCAUUUUGUCAUUUGUUGAUAAAGAUAUGCUGGAACCUGGCUGUACUGUAUUGCUGAAUCACAAGGUAACCAUAAGAUAUUUUUAUCUGCAUUUCUCCACUCGCUUUUAUUAUAUUUCUAAGAAUCAAGUGAUAUAUUUCUUAAACGCUAUGAACUUGAGAUCUAUGUAAUUGGCAACAUAAAGACAUGAGAGAGUUAGUUGUCUGAAACACAUUUAGCAAAAGGAUACAAGAAUGGCUACACUAUUAUGUAGUUCACUCUUCUCUGUCAAUUGCCUGGAGCACUUCAUUUGUCUGAUGCUAUUCUUUAAAUUGUAGUCAAAGAUUGCAGUUGUGAUGAAAGAAUAAUUGAAAUGUUUUGUUCAGGUGCAUGCUGUUGUUGGUGUUCUGUCUGAUGAUGCAGAUCCCAUGGUAACUGUGAUGAAACUUGAGAAAGCACCACAAGAGUCAUAUGCUGAUAUUGGUGGACUGGAUCAACAGAUACAGGAAAUCAAGGUACUUUGCAGAUAAUUCUGUACCUCUGUCUUGAGAUUCAUUUCCAAGAGAUUUUAUCAACUUUAGAUUUUCAAGCCAAAAUUUAAAAAGUGUUCAUAUGGCUACUUGUGCAAGUAGUUUUCAUCAUAGGUUUUAACAUCUUAAAACAGUGAAAUUAUUUAAUCUGGUUACUGUAUGACCACCCAUCUUUUCUAGAAUUUCCCAAGGUUUGAUUGAAAACUGUUUUUGAGAUAAUUCCAACAUUCUGUGAACAGUGUUCUCCUGAUGGAGUUAUGUCAUGUUUUUUAGGAAUCUGUAGAACUUCCAUUGACUCACCCAGAGCUGUAUGAAGAAAUGGGGAUUAAACCACCUAAGGGUGUUAUAUUAUAUGGCCCACCUGGUACAGGUGAGUUACACAAUCCAACCAAAUGUAAGAGAAGCAUUAUAUUUCUAGACAGGGAAGUGAUUAUGCUGAGAUCUAGACAGAUCUGAGUCCUGAUGUGGGCCAUUGGAGACAUCAAGUAAUCACAACAAAGAUUGCUAAUCAAGAAUUAAUCACAAAAUGAUCUUCAGUUUUCAUUAGAAUUUUGUUUGUGGCUUACCAUUUUCAUUGUCUAAUAGUGUUUGACUCUACAUGAAUACUGUUAGUCUUGCUACGUCCAUCAGGGCUUCUGCUGUUAGGCAGAAGAUAAAUAUUAAAGAAACAUACAAGUUUUACAUGCUCAUCCACAGCCAUUGCCCUGCAGGGGAAAUCUUUUGUUUUACGAUGUUCUCUGUAGAGCUGGUUUGGUGGUAUGUGAAGGUCCCUUUAGUGUUACAUUAUAAUUAUUUAAAAUAAUGGAAAUCUGUACAGGUAGAUAGAUAGAUAGAUAGACGUUUAUUAAGAAUACCUUAAUAGCAGCUGGAAGCUGACUUACAAAGGUGUACAAAUUAUAUAAUAGAACUAUACAAUAAAAUCAAACCUAAAAGGGAACUAAUUUACAUAUGGGCCCAUAUACAAUUGUAAUAGAUGUCAAUUAAAAUGUCUUGCGCUUGCUAGAAUGAAAGUAUCUCUGAACCGAUUUGUUUUAAAGGAAACUCUAAAUGGUCUGCGUCGUCGUAACUCCAUAAGUUGAUCUCGGUUGUCGAAAGGCAGUAAGUGGUACAAACAAUCCAAGGGAUUGGAGACGAUGUUGUUAAAGAAUUUUAAGCAAAGGUCUUCCCUCCGAUCCCUUAGGGUUUUCAGCUCUGCCAUCUGAAGCACUUCUCUAUAAUGAUUAUCAUAACCGUAUAUAAUUUUCAAGGCUCUCUUUUGGACACGCUCUAAACUUAAGCUCAAAUAAUCGGGGAGACUAUAAUGGUAGACCUGACAUCCAUAAAGUAAGACGGAUUGAAUGCAAGCAACAUAAAAAUUCACUAAUUCUGGUGAUGGUACCUUAGCUCGCUUUAACUGAGUUAAAAAGUAAAGGCGCUUAGCGGCCCUUUUAAUCAUCUCAGUAACGUGAGUGUUCCACUUGAGGUUGUCUUGAAAAUACACACCCAGUAAUUUCACGACACUAACGGCGCUAACCUUAGAGCCAUUAAUUUCUAUGAGAUCGUAGGAAGGAGGGGAGCGCACGAAGGAAACUCUUAGCUCAUUACAUUUUUUCGGAUGAAGUUGAAACGAGUUAAGUGUUGACCAGGUAGCUACUUCGUUUAUCAUAGACUGAGCAUUGCUAGGACCACCCUUGCUUAUGAUUUCAUACACUGUCGUGUCAUCUACAUAUUUUAUACAAUCACUGGCUGAUGGUACUUUCAAAUCAUUUAUCAUAACCAAGAAUAGCCACGGUCCCAAUUUUGUUCCCUGCGGUACUCCUGCUCGGACCGAUCCCCACUCUGAGAGACAAUCAUGUGCAAGUUUGACCCUUUGUUUCCUAUCUUUAAGAAAGGCUAUUAUCCAAUUAAUGAUGUAAGGGUUGAUAUUGUAGGUCGAGAGUUUCGAUAGCAAGAGGCUGUGAUCUAUCAGAUCGAAGGCUUUUCUAUAGUCCAACGCAAAGAUCCGCACGGUGUUCCCCGUUCCGUCUGUUGCUUGCGCCCAAUUGUGCAUCAGGUUUAUCAAUGCAUGCGCAGUGGAGGAUCCUGGAAUACACCCAAAUUGAUCGGGUUCCAGGCGUUUCAGAAGUGCUGGUUUCACAUGUUUAUGGACGACGUAGUGCUCGGCAAUUUUGGACAACGUUGGUGUCAGUGAAAUAGGUCUCAAAUCUUUCGCCGCAUCCUCAACUAUCUUUGUUUUGGGAAGAGGGGUGAUGUUUGCACAUUUCCAAAUGUCCGGUAAAGUCCCUUGACUAAUCGAGGAAUUGAUGAUACAACGAAGAGGUUGAGCGAGCUCAGGAGCGAAGUCACGCAAGACCCAGUUUGGGAUAUUAUCUGGGCCCCCAGCUUUGGAGGAGCUGACCGUACUAAGGCAUUUGAAGGUAGCUUCCAGUGAAAUAAUGGGAGUUUUAAAACCCUCAGUGCUCACAGUUUCGAUAUUAUCUAAAAGUGGGUCAAACGAAGCUUGAGGUUCUAGCAGAGCUGUGUUGAUUUCAUUAGCCAAGAUCUUAAGGUUGAUUGAGGUAGCUGGUUUACUUGCUAGGAGCUGAUUUGCGACACUUGUAGAUGUUUUGUUCAUUCCACAUAACCGCCUACAUUCGGACCACCACAUUUUAGGAUUGUUUUCGGUCAAAACGCUGACUUUAGUGUUGUAAUAAGAGCGUUUGCAGAGCUUCCGUUCCCUGUUUACUUUGUUCCGGUAGUAGUGGAACAAUGGUUUGUUGUCUUGGUAAUAUGCUCUUUGACGGUGUGCUAUAAGUGCCUUGAGUUUGGGUGAAAUCCAUGGUGCGUCGUUUCGGUGGAACUUAACUCGCUUUUUGGGAAGGAUAGAAUCUAACCCUAUGUGAAUUAGGUCACUAAAGUGAGCAUACUGUUCUUGGACGCUAUCUAUAGUGUCGAUUAAUGACCAGUCGACCCCGUCAUAUAACGACCAAAAGCCUGUUUGGACUCAGCGUUAACAGCACGUGUAGUAACCGUUCUGUUUGCAGGAAUAUUGGCCUUCGAUCUAAUUUUUGGAAACAAACCAACAGUACAAUGAUCGGAUAGUCCGAAGGGCGGGAAUGGAGAAGGUUUCUCGUAGUGUUCUGUAAGAUUAGUUAGCACUUUGUCGAGUGUACGAUCCCCUCUUGUUGGAAAAUGGACGACUUGCGUGAGGCGGAACUGCUUAAUAACUGGUGAAACAUUUGCCCUGUUCCAGUCGCCAGCGAGAAUUAUACCUGCGCCAGGGAUAUCACUCUCUAUCCUAGAGAGAGAAUCCAUCAUGUAAUCAAGGAGGGGCUCAUCUUUGGCAGGCGGUGGAGGAUGGUAUACUGUACCAAUGAUAAGGCAGCUAUAACCCCGGAGCAAUCGGUUGGGCGUGAUUUUGGCCCACAAAACCUCAGGGCCCUCGGGGUCAGGAAACUCAUAGUCCCGUAGAAUUGAGAAUUUGAUGGAAUCUUUUACAUAUAGAGCCACACCCCCAUGUAGCUUGUGGGUCCUAUCUUUGCGUAUGAUGUUGUAGCCACUAAUGUCAACUACGCUGUCAUCAAUAGAAUCUUUCAGCCAUGUCUCCGUUAUACAACAAAGAUCAAACUCGUGGGUGUUCAAAAAAAUACGAAGUUCGUCUAUUUUUGGUGCCAAACUCAUUACAUUAGACACAGCUAUUGGCGGUACGAACUGCAAGGUGUUUUUCCUGGCGUCGAUGUUUCUCUUAGGCUUGAUAAUAGCCAGAUUAUUGAAAUUGACGGCUCUUUCUUCUGUGUAACGGCUGGAGGAAACACGUGUAGUUACUCUCACGGGAAUUGUUGAAAGUCUCGGUAAAGCGUGAUUAUUGAACCAUAAAGAUUCAUUCAAGAUGGAAGAGUUAUAGCAAUUAACAGUUCUUGGUCUUGUGUAACUACUGGAGAUGGCGCGUGUGGUUGUUCUCACGGGAAUUACUGAAAGCCCCGGUAAGGUGUGAUUGUUCGACUGUGAAUAAUUAUUCAAGGUUGAAAAUUCAUUCGUUUCUGAAGAAUAUUUGCUUCGGCCUGUAUUUAAUUGUGUUUUAGUAAGUCUUCCGGACCGUUUCCCUCGGUACUUAAAAAAAAAAAUUCCAUCCGCUCGAAUGUUCUUAAAUAAAACUGACCGUCUCUCCUGAAGGCUGUAAUUUUUCCGGAGCGACACCAGUUCGCGCCGAGAGUACUGUAGGGUCGUUGUUUGGCGAAUUGGAGAAUCAAGCUGCCGAAUUAAAUCUCUAGUGGCUCUCUGCCGGCUACCAAUGGCGAUAAUAGAUUGAGCAGGACCGGGGUUGGUCGAAAUAUCAACGUAUACCGUGAUGUCCAAUGGAGGGUCGUGGCCAGGGAUGACUAAGGAGACAAACCCGUGUUUAGUGUGCUUCUGCAUUGGAACUCUUGAUCGAUGAAAACCAUCUUUGACGAUACAAGUGCAUUUCUUCUUGAGUUGAACAGCAGUGUGCAGGGGUUCCCACCUUGAUUUAAAAGUAGCCUCGAAGGAUAAUAAAUGGUUUAGAAAUGCAGCGCUUAAACAGGAUAGAAUAGUGAUAGAAACUAGAGCUACUCUAAACGUGGCCGCCAUGAUUGGCGCCGAUAUGCUAAAAAAAAGACACACACAGAUUCAGAGUACUAAGCAACAAAAAGUUGAUUACAUUUUUAGUUACAUUGUGAUUUUUCUGUCAAUCUUUGGACUGUCUCAGCACUUAAUGCAUGUUCUCACUCGUAUUUGUUUUACUCACUAAAGUUUAUGUUUAUUCAUGAUCAUAGGAAAGACCUUGCUAGCAAAAGCUGUAGCCAAUCAAACAGCAGCAACCUUUCUCCGAGUUGUGGGAUCAGAGCUCAUUCAAAAAUAUCUGGUAAAGGAAAAAAUCUUGUUUCUGCUUCUUCCUAACAACUUAAUUUUUUUUAGCUUGAUCAAGAAAUUAUUUUAGUAAAGCGAGGGUAAUAUUGACUUUAUGUGACACAUUGUACUGUUGCUUUCUAUGUGGAAGAAGAGUAUGGAAAAUGUUGAGUUUGAAGCUCACUCAUCAAGUAAAGAAAUCUCUCUUUUCUUGAUGAAAAAACUCAAAAUGAAUCAUCCUUUAUCCGCUGUCUUCACUCAAGAAGACUUCAACAUGGUUGAACCUACACUCUCAGACAUCAUAAGUUGGGACACUUCUCUAUCUAUGAUGUUCUGUCAUCCAUCUUCUCCUUCCAGUGUUAAUUGCCAGUGUGUCUAUGCCAUCUUGCCGACCAACAUUGAAAGGGGCAGGGGAGGUAGUUAUUAUCCCAACAAAAUAAUGUGUCUGGGAGUGUAGCUGCUUGCAAGAUACUUGUUGCAAAUUUAUCUGGUUAAUGGCCAAAUGAGCUGGCCAGCAAGUGGUCUGCAACUCAGUUGUUAGAGCAUCUGAUGACAAAAUAGAAACUGGGUAGGAUUCAAACUCUCAAUGUUGUCUUACAUGAUCCAUGCCUCCUUGCUUUUUUUUAUUUACCUUUCACUGUAUUAUUUUCUGUUUUAGGGUGAUGGUCCUAAGCUAGUAAGAGAAAUGUUUCGAGUUGCAGAAGAACAUGCCCCAUCAAUUGUUUUCAUUGAUGAGAUUGAUGCUGUUGGAACCAAAAGGUGUGUUAUGCUAAUACAACUUACACACACUGUUCUUGCUCAUCUAAUAACUUGUACAACAGGAUAUAAAUGAUCACAUCCCAUGAAUGCAUAAACUUUUUAUUAAUUAAUUUGUUUGUUUUUGUUUUGCUUCUGAAGUCCAGAAAACAAUGGUUUGCUGAGUUCUAAUGGCAUGGUUCCAAAAUAUUUUGCAUCAACUCUCACUAUUGCUCUUUCUCUAGGUACGAGUCUAAUUCUGGGGGUGAGCGAGAAAUUCAGAGAACAAUGUUGGAGCUUCUCAACCAGUUAGAUGGAUUUGAUUCCAAGGGGGAUGUCAAGGUAACCUUUGCAGCUUGUGUUCAGCUUGUGUUCUGAUUGUUUCUAUUUUUUAAUUUUUUUUUCCAUGUUCUUUUGUCCACCAUUGUUAAGUAACCCUUUGCACCCAGCAUUAGCAUUCAUUUUCUCCACAGUUCUCUUUUAAAUUCAUAUGGUGCUGAAAAGGAUAAUUUGUUUGACAACUAGGUGCUUUUUAAAUUGGUGAUCAUUUCCUAUUUUCUCAUGACCUUAACUUCUGAUUUAAAGGUAACACUAUAAGGAGACGUUUUUUGGUCAGUCAGUCUCAGUGGUCCAAGGGUAAACAUUCAAGUAGAGUUGGUAACCUGCUGGUUAAAUGAUAUAAGGCAAAUUUACUUUCAUGUCAUUCAAAAUGUAAUCAGUAUUAGAGAAUAUUCUGUACCUCUGACAUUGAAACGUGUCUGCAUAAAUUAUAGUAAACAAUCUUUUUAUGGUCAAGUAUCAGGUCAUGUGACCCCAUAGCAAUGCCAUACAUGGUGUGCAUACAGACCCUAGCAAAAUCUUGGGGGUCUCAACAGAAGUUAUCUAGGAUUUCAAAAUGUUUAAAAACAGUAAUUUUCAAAAUUAUUUGUAGCAUUUAGUUAAUAAUGACUGAAUGUUGGCCCUAUUGUUUUUAGGUUAUUAUGGCCACAAACAGAAUUGAAACUUUGGAUCCUGCACUUAUCAGACCUGGUAAAAAAUAGUUCUUUAAUAGAAAGAAUGUUAUUGUUGUUAUGUACUUGAGUGAGUGAUAGGGCUAGAGAGGAAAUAUAUAUGGCUAGUAGUCAAAUAUUUGGCCAGAGGUCAAAUAUUUUGCCCAUCAGAUCUUUAUGUCCUUUAGUCAAUACGCAAUUUUAUCUCAUGAGUGUUGUUCUUUCUUUUUCUCCCUUUCACAACUGGUAGGGCUUUACAGCUUUGUAUGGCCUUGCUAACCCCAUUUUGUACAGCCUCAAGUGGGGAUUCCUGUGUACUGUUUUCACUGAGAACAGACACACUCCUCUUACUGCAUUUCCUAUGCCUGUAGAACUGAAAAAAAUUAUUCUUUUACCCACUUUGCACACUCCAAACUUUAGUUAAAACGUGCUGAUGAGCUCGUAAGGCUGACUGGCUAGCACUCUCUAGUCACCUGCACGAAUGCUGGAGAAAAGGUACGAGCCUGAAGGGACAAAGAUGGGAAUAAAUGGAGUUUCAUUUGAUUGUAAUUUGGUGAACUAGGGAAAUGUCAGCCCCCUGCUAUGAUUAUUGUAAGAGGAAUACAAUCUCAGCUUUUUUAUUUGUUGGGUCUUCUCACUGACAAGUUCUUUUGUAUAACCCUCCAAAGGUCGCAUUGAUCGCAAGAUUGAGUUUCCUCUUCCUGACGAGAAAACAAAACGUCGCAUAUUCACGAUCCACACUGGUCGCAUGACACUAUCAGAAGAUGUCAAUCUGGAAGAGUAUGUGAUGGCCAAAGAUGACCUCUCUGGAGCUGACAUCAAGGUGAGAAGGCGAUAUCAGUUUAUUGCGUGUUAAUUUCCCUUGUUCCAGAGUGCAUGAAGCUAGUUCACCACCAAGCAGUCAUCUCUGGUAAAAAUAGUAAAAUGUAUUGUGGGCAAAUUCCAACAGCUGACAGUCAACCUUAAUUGCCAUGGCCGCGCCUCGGCAGAAACGAGAUCCUGAGGACAACAUUUGAAGAGACCACAGAUCCAGCCUAAACCAGUGCUGACGUAAACUUUGUCUGGAUGAUUAUUUCUUUAAGUUGAAUGAUCAUUUCAAUUCACCAACAUGCUGCUAGUAUUAAUAUUGAGAUCAAACUAACUUAUGAAUUGUUUACAUCACGCAGGCCAUUUGCACAGAGGCAGGUCUGAUGGCUUUAAGAGAAAGGAGAAUGAAGGUGACCAACGAGGACUUUAGAAAAUCCAAAGAGAACGUGUUGUACAGGAAGAACGAGGGCACGCCAGAGGGGCUCUACCUCUAA